CUUAUCAACAGGCGCUUAAAUAAGGAACAAAUAAAAGUAGGAAUCUCAUUCUAUAAGUAUCAUCUGAUGGGAGGAGGAAGAUUAUUUUUAAGUUGUCUAAAUAUGAUAGAAGCGUUUUCAAAUUUUUUAAUUUAAAGUUUCUUAGUCUUUUUGCACACCUCGAGAAAAGAUAAUUCAACAUGGCAUUCUUUGGGAAUGUUUCAUCGUUGAUUUUCCUAGCAAUUAUAAUGAUUUGCUCAGCAGCUAGAAUGAACGUUAUUUAUCAGUGGAAAUAUAUUGAUUAUGUGUGGGAAUCAUCAGCAGCAAAACAGGAAGCCAUUGAUUAUGGAGAUUACGAUUUUAAAAAUGCUGCCAUGAUUGAUGUUGACCAAUCUGAAGAUGGAAGAACUUUCGUCACAGUGAUUAGGACAAAAGGAGUUCCUGCCAGUUUAAACGUAGUUUCGAGUAAAAAAGGACCAGGGGGUCCUUUAUUAGCACCAUAUCCGGAUUGGUCCUGGUACAGAAAAGGAAAUUGCAAUGGAAUAACAAACGUUUACAGAAUUGCAAUUGAUAAAUGCAACAGAUUAUGGGUGUUAGACAACGGAGUAAUCGAUGAAAAUCAAGUGUGCUCUGCCCAAAUUUUACUCUUCAAUUUAGAAACCAAUGAGUUAUUAGGCAGAACGAAAAUUCCAAAUAGACUCUCCCAAAAUUCAGAAAGAAACGAAGGACUUUUAAUCACCCCAAUUGUUCAAACUGAGGGGAAAUAUUGUGAGCGAGCAAGAAUGCAAGGAACACAUUAG